UUGUCUUUUGCUUUCCUAUUUCAUUUUUCUGCCUUACUAAAAUCCUCUUUGCCUACCUUUUUCUCUCGCUACCUUCUCUUCUCAAAUCACCUUUUGUCUACUGUGAUUUGCAGGCCUUCCUUCCCCCACCCUCUCACUCUCUGUCUCUGCAACUAUAUAUAUAUAUAUAUAUAUUUCUACCUAGGGUUUCUACCUUCUAAACCUAAUCAGAAUUAUUUUCUUUCUUGGGACAAUCAAACGAUUUAGAUACAGAUCUUGAAAGCGCCAAUACAUACAGGGCAAAACAAAAGCAGAUAACUCAGGAGAUAUAUACAUAUAUAUAGAUUUAUGGCAUCAUCUUCAGGCUACUCAAAUUCUCCAUGCGCGGCCUGCAAAUUCCUCAGAAGAAAAUGCCUACCGGACUGCAUCUUCGCGCCAUAUUUUCCGCCGGAGGAGCCGCAGAAAUUCGCCAACGUCCACAAGAUCUUCGGCGCGAGCAACGUCAGUAAGCUUCUCCACGAAGUUAUGCCGCACCAGAGAGAAGACGCCGUUAACUCGCUGGCUUACGAAGCCGAAGCACGAAUGAAAGACCCGGUUUACGGCUGCGUCGGCGCCAUCUCCGUUUUGCAGAGGCAAGUAAUGAAGUUGCAGAGAGAGCUGGACGCCACCAAUGCAGAUUUAAUGCGCUUCGCGGCCUGCAACGAGAGUUUUCCCACCACCACCCAGCAGUUUGGAAGGAGGUCUGGCCAUGGCGGACCUAAUUCUUCCUUUGAUGCUCACAGUACUGGUUCUGGGUUUUAUUAUCCUAAUUCUCAGUGGAAUAACGGUCCUGGUGGGGGGAGAGGGAAAGGUAUCUAGCAUCUAAUAUAUAUAUAUAUAUAUGUAUAUGUUAAUAUAUAUAUGCGUGUGUAACUAUAACAAACAUCUCAGUUAGGGAGGACUAAGGAGGAGGAUGAUUUGACGGGUCAGAUUUGUGGGUUUUAUUAUCUAAGCUAUCAUGACCCUAAUGGAAGAGGAGGAGAUAUAUAUCUAGCUUGUUUUAAUAA